GCGUUUUAACGGCUAUUCAAUGCACUGAUUGUGUGUCACUUUUACUCAUCACUUAUUAUUAGCUAUCGAUUGCCUUUAAAUGCAUUGUUAUUUUCUCUCAUCUAAUCAACAGUGCAUUCGAUGAGUGAACCGACAAAUCAUUUACACGUUUAGCGAUUGAAUACAUAAAUCACUUGUUAUUUAAAAACACCGAUUGUUUUGUUUGCGGAGAAAAAGUGCGAAAAGUUUUUAUUGUUUUGUUUUUGUUGUGCGAAAAGUGUUGUCGAAAAAGAUGUCACGAAAUCACGAAAACCAGAGCUUUAGUCAAACAUAUAAAUUAGUGGUUGUGGGCGGCGGUGGUGUCGGCAAGUCUGCGCUCACCAUUCAAUUCAUUCAAUCGUAUUUCGUCACUGAUUACGACCCGACUAUUGAGGACUCGUAUACCAAACAAUGUGUGAUCGACGACGUGGUCGCCCGACUCGAC